UUUAGAAUAAAUAAAAAAAAUGGUAGUACUAGCUGCGAUAUUGCUGGGGAUGGUGGCUUGCUCAAAUGCUUAUGUUUCAGAGCUUACAGAUAAUACAUUUCUUGGAUAUGCUAAAGACAAGGAGGUGUUACUGGUGAAUUUUUAUGCACCCUGGUGUAGCGAUUGUCAGAAAUUAGAACCAGAAUUUGAACGCGCAGCUACCAAUCUUGGAACGAGAAGUUUAGAUUUGGCUAAGGUUGAUUGUUUUGGUUCGGGAAAGGGAUUGUGCGAAAUGUACGGCGUACGAAGCUGGCCACAAUUAAAAAACUUCAAUCGCGGUACAUAUACUGGUGAUUACACGGGAGAGCAAACAGCAGAGGCGCUUGCCGGCUAUAUCACAACAGUGGAGAACUCGGUACCACAGAGUCCUAGCGGUGGAAAUCCUUACGCCAUGGCGUUUCCAGGCGCACAAUCAAGUUACAACCGCCACAAACCAAGUUCACCAGUUGGACCUGCACCUCCUGUUGUCGGAGCGAUUAGUUGUGCCAAAUGUAACAUCGAAAAACCGAAUGGGAAAGGAAAAAUUAGUAAACACUGCAGCGAGAAUGUAAAGAAAGCAUGCGUAGAGUUCAAGCAGAGAGAACAAGCAAAGAAACAAUAUGAUGAUGAUGACAAACGGUCGUUAAAGAAAAAGUCAAGUUAAAAAGAGUGUAUCCAACAUCAUUGUACAUAACAAACAUUCAAUCUUAAUGAAUAUACACAGACGCAAUGUCGUAAUAAGCUACCUCGCCCCGGGUCUUUUAACGCUUGUAUACCAUACA